AUGGGUAUCUCACGAGACUCUCGCCACAAGCGUUCCGCGUCCGGUGCGAAGCGCGCAUACUACCGCAAGAAGAGGGCUUUCGAGAAGGGUCGCCAGCCUGCCAAUACCCGUAUUGGCACUAAGCGUAUCCAUCUUGUCCGCACCCGUGGCGGCAACCGCAAGUUCCGUGCUCUCCGUCUCGAGUCCGGCAACUUCUCCUGGGGCUCUGAGGGCAUCGCCAAGAAGACCCGUGUCAUCGGUGUCGUCUACCACCCCUCCAACAACGAGCUCGUCCGUACCAACACCCUGACCCGCUCCGCUAUCGUCCAGAUCGAUGCCGCUCCCUUCAGGCAAUGGUACGAGGCCCACUACGGCUCCUCGCUCGGCCGCAGGAGGCAGGCCAAGGCCGGUGAGAAGGAGGAGGACAAGAAGAAGUCCAACUCGGUCACCAAGAAGCAGGCCGAGCGCCUCAAGACCAGUGGAAAGAUUGAGAAUGCUGUUGAGAAGCAGUUCGAGGCCGGUCGUCUGUACGCCGCUGUCUCUUCCCGUCCCGGCCAGAGCGGUCGCUGCGACGGUUACGUCCUCGAGGGUGAGGAGCUUGCUUUCUACCAGCGUCUCCUCAGGAAGUAA